AUCCCUUGUCAUGCAGCUCCUGCGCUUAUAGCUCCAGGGCUUUCCUAUGGGUUCAGCAAGGAGUCUGUCAGGUGGAAGGAGCUGUCAGAGAGGGCUGGUUGCUGUCAGUCCAGCAGUGAGGGCUGCUCCAUUCCCUCCCCCUACCCCAGCUGCAACUGCCGCCCCCUCCUCUGCUCUCAGCUGCAGCCUCCUCCUUCUCUGUUCCCUACUCUUUCUGCUGCCUCCUCCCUCCCCUCCCUCCUCCAGCACCGGCUGCCGUCCUCCCUCUCUCCCUUCAUCCCUAGCCCGGCUCUCACCCACAUCCCUAUUGGGACCUCCAUGACCACACCAUGAUGACGGGCAUCGCCGCUGCUUCCUUCUUCUCCAAUGCCUGCCGCUUCGGGGGCUGCGGGCUCCACUUCACCAGCCUGGCCGAGCUGAUAGAGCACAUUGAGGAUAACCACAUUGAUACAGAUCCACGUGUCUUGGAGAAGCAGGAACUACAGCAACCUACAUAUGUGGCUUUGAGUUACAUCAAUAGAUUCAUGACUGAUGCAGCCCGACGUGAACAAGAAACACUAAAGAAAAAAAUCCAGCCUAAGCUCUCAUUGACAUUAUCAAGUUCCGUAUCCCGCGGGAACGUGUCUACCCCACCACGCCAUGGCAGCGGCAGCCUCACGCCUCCAGUCACUCCACCAAUCACACCAUCCUCCUCCUUUCGCAGUAGCACUCCUACAGGAAGUGAGUAUGACGAGGAGGAGGUGGACUAUGAAGAGUCAGACAGUGACGAGUCCUGGACCACAGAGAGUGCCAUUAGCUCUGAAGCUAUCCUCAGUUCCAUGUGCAUGAAUGGGGGAGAUGAGAAACCCUUUGCCUGCCCUGUUCCAGGCUGUAAAAAGAGAUAUAAGAAUGUCAAUGGCAUUAAGUACCAUGCCAAGAACGGUCACAGAACACAAAUCCGAGUGCGUAAACCUUUCAAGUGUCGCUGCGGGAAGAGUUACAAGACAGCUCAGGGUCUCCGUCACCAUACAAUCAAUUUCCACCCGCCUGUCUCUGCCGAGAUUAUCAGGAAGAUGCAGCAAUAAAAGCUGAACCCACCCCGUGCCAAGAAGCCCUCACCAGCAGACGCUGAAUCUGAAACAGCCGCCGUUCCUUUCUUUUUCAUUGGUUUUAUUGGCCAUUGUAUUUCAGGGAAGCAUUCACUCACUACUAGGGAUUCCAGUGCAUGCUUUAACCCAGCAAGCCCAGCAGUUUGGAAUGGUGUAAGUCUAUAGGGGAAUCGCUUUUGUACAUUUGCACUUUUUUUUCCAGGCUCAUUCUCAUUACUUUGACAAAGGUGCUAAGAUAAUGAGACAGAAUGAUUACGUCAGUUUUGUUGGGAGAGAUCCCCCACAUUCUCCCGCCCCCCCCCCCCCCCCACCUGCAGCACAUUUACGGAGAACUGACAUAUUCUAAAGAUAAAUAUCCACCAAAUUUUAGUGGGUGUUUAAAAGAUCAGCAUUAUUAUGUAUGAUUUCAGAACGGGAAUUUUCAAAGUGGUGCUAAGCUCAAAAAGGUGUAAACAGCUUGAAAUCAUCUUGGCUGUUCUAAGGCAAUUAUUUGCAAUUAACAUACACACAGAUAAGUGCAAACAGGAGCUUAAAUGCUAUUAGACAUGAGAGUUACAUCUAACAUACCCCUCUGUAUGGUGCUUCCUUAGCCAUGAUUUUUUGGUGCAGCCGAAUAAUUGCUGCCUGUCCAUUUGGUGAGGUGCAAGUCAAGCUGCUUUUCAAUGACUUCCUCAGGGUUGGACUGGGCUUACGGGAGACUGGGAAAAAACCAGGUGGUCCCGUCAACCUAGACCCAAUUCCCAUGCACGGGGUGAAGGGCCUGGAUGGGUGAGCAAGCGAGAAGAGUGGGGCUCUGAGUGGCUGUGGGGGACCCCUGUGGUAGUAGCCUCGGUGCGCCUGCAACACCCCAGUCCAACGCUGGACCUCAAGCAGUGAGGGAUAGGCAGCAUGAGCCAUUUGUUUGGACCAUCGAUAAUUUCAAAUAGGAAUCAGAAAUAAAACAUUAAAGGAGAUCUAAACUCAACCAUGAAGCUGCCCCACUGCACCCCUAGUUCUCUAUAGAAGUUGAUGAAAAUGUUACCAAUAUUUAAAUAUUGCAAAACUGUAAUCAACGAAUAGUUAAGAACAUUCAUGAAAAUGGGGGAUUGAAGAUCCAUUGCAAUUUAGUAGGUCCCUGCACAUAUAUAAUAUGUAUGACAAUCUCAGUGUUAAAGGAGCUGUUCGCCUUAAAGUGAACAUUUAGCGUGACACAGAUAUUGAAUAGAAUUUGCAAUUAGGUUUUUUGUUUUUUUUGUAGUAAUUGCCUUUCUGUUCAGGCUCUAUUCAACCUAUAAUUUAAAAUAUAUUCUGACUGUCAAGUUUAGGGAUAAUCUGCAACCACAAAGGCUAGAUUUUUUUGAUAAAUAUAUAUAUAUAUAUA